UGAAAAGGACGUGGUGGGUAAUGAGAGGGUUCACUCCCAGCCCGUCCUCUGAAGGCUAAACAUCUAAACUCACUGCCUGCAAGGAAGGCUUGGAGAACCAGAACCCAGCAUGUCGGACCAGUCAGCGUUUGACACAGACGUUUGGACCCUGACCCGGUUCAUCAUCGAGACGGGUCGGCAGGCCCCAGGAGCCACUGGGGAGAUGACCCAGCUCCUCACUGCCAUGCUGACCGCAAUCAAAGCCAUUUCCUCUGCUGUGCGUAAGGCAGGUCUGGCCCACCUGCAAGGCAUGGCCGGCUCUGUGAAUGUGACUGGAGAUGAUGUGAAGAAGCUGGACGUGCUGUCCAAUGACAUGGUCAUCAACAUGCUCCGGGCGUCCUACGGCACCUGCUGCAUGGUGUCCGAGGAGAACAAGGAGCUCAUCAUCACUCCUAAGGACAAAAGGGGAAAGUAUGUGGUUUGCUUUGACCCUCUGGACGGCUCCAGUAACAUCGACUGCUUGGCCUCUAUUGGCACCAUAUUCGCCAUCUACAAACGGACAUCAGAGGGGGAGCCCACAGAGCAGGACGCCCUGCAGAAAGGGACCAACAUUGUGUGUGCCGGCUACGCCCUGUACGGCAGUGCCACCCUGGUGGCCCUCAGUACCGGCGCCGGCCUCAACUUCUUCAUGCUGGACCCUGCCAUCGGUGAAUUCAUCCUGAUUGAGAGGAAUGUGAGGAUCAAGCAGAAGGGAAAGAUCUACAGUUUGAACGAAGGCUACGCCAAAUACUUUCAUCCCUCCAUCAACGAGUACCUCAAACACAAGAAGUAUCCUGAGGAUGGCAGCUCACCUUAUGGGGCCCGUUAUGUGGGCUCUAUGGUCUCAGACGUUCACCGCACCAUCGCCUAUGGAGGGAUCUUUAUGUAUCCUGCAAAUGAGAAGAGCCCAAAAGGAAAGCUGCGGCUGCUGUAUGAAUGCAACCCCAUCGCCUUCCUCAUUGAGCAGGCGGGUGGCCUCGCCACCACAGGCACUCAGAGGAUUCUGGAAAUUCAGCCAGAAUCUCUCCACCAGCGGGUGCCCUUCGUUGUUGGCUCGCCAGAUGACGUCAACGAGUACCUGUCAUUUGUCAAGAAGUUCUCAUAAAAGCUGCAGCCGAGAAAUAUGUGUGAGAUAAUGUUGAAUGUUAUGUUUUUCACUACCCCAGAAAUUUUGUUAUCAACUGAAAAAUAUUUUAUUUUAUUGAUAAUAAAUAAAUGUCUUCUAAUAGAUAAACACAAUAAAGACUGAAUAGUAGAAAUUGUGAGUUACUAAGUCCAUUGUCCAAUCCUAAGACCUCUAAAAAUAAAAAACAUGUAACUCAAAGGAAAAG